GCAAAAGCCUCCGAUAUCCAUGUAACAGAAUUUAUAGAGGUGCUUAUUCAUAAUAAGUGCUUAUUCAUGAUAGAAUACGGUACUAAUACUUGCUCAAAUGUACUUGAUUCAGCUAAAACUAUUAAAAAAACAAAUUCUCAACACUUAAAUACAAUUAAUCUAUUUAAACUAAAAACUAAACAAGGUAUUAUAGACAACUAUGUUAAUAAAAUAUAUUAUAAUGAAAUAUUAGAUUUGGAAUACAAAUUUGCUAGAGCAGUUUUUGCUUCUGCAAAAUUAUCUGAAGAACUUUUAAACAAAGUUUAUGAAGAUGUAAAGAAAGAAAUUGAAGAUGAAAUCAGCAAAGAUGAAAAUAUAAAUGUAACUUUAAAUAUUAAUAAUUAUAAAGCUGAAUAUAGUAAUAACAUUGAAUCUGAAUGUAGUAAUAACGUUGAACCUGAGAAUGAUGAAAAUGAUUCAUUUAAUUUUGAGUUAAAUACUGAUAUAAUUAUUUAA